GAACUGCACCAACUCAAAUGUUCAGUUUUUGGAGUUUCCACAUGUCGUUGGAGCUCAGAGGUUGUGGACGAUCUGUCCGUCACUGGUGGACUCGGACAGACACCUUUCAUCUGGAACACUCGCCGAUCGCUCCGGGGCUGGCUCGGUAGUUCCGCUUCCCCUGCGCCAUAGCGGAAUCACCCAAGGGCCCAAACGAUAGGAGCGAAAGUUGAAUUGUAAAUAGUCCAAGUCCCAGUUUCCACCGCGUUAUCUGCACGCGGUGUGAACCACCGAGGAACUUCUCUGACCGGAUCUACAGACGCGUCGCGGGCCGUCGAGGAUCGUCCGCUGGUCGAGUUCUACUCAAGUCGAGCUGGUGGGGAACCUCCGGUGAGCUCCGCUGCUCCUGCGCCGCCGCCGCCGCUAGCCCGCAAAUUAAAGCACACCUGCGCAGGCUGCUUCGCACCCUCUCUCCGGUGCGACCUGGUGCUUCCCGUCCCGUCUGCGGCACAUCCUCUCGUGGCGCAUGCGCACGCCCGUGCCCCAGGCUGAUGUGAGCGCCGCCUCGCUCCCUCUCCGUUUGCCGCCCUCUCCAUCCUCGCCCCCGUCGUGCUCCCCUGCCCCGUUUGGUCCCUUGAGCUCCUCGAAAGAAGCUCCCAGCGAUGUGUGAUAACGGCGACCCUGAAGACAAACCCCCCGCUCCUCCGGUCAGGAUGAGCAGCACCAUCUUCAGCACCAGCUCUGGCAAAGACUCACUCUCGGCCAACCACAGCUCCAAACCGCUGCCCUCUGUGCCGGAAGAAAGGAAACCUCGCAACAAGAUCAUCUCAAUCUUCUCCGGCGCCGAGAAAGGUGGCAGAAAGAAAGACAAAGACAAAGAGCGACCAGAGAUCUCACCACCUUCAGACUUUGAACACACCAUACACGUUGGGUUUGAUGCUGUCACAGGGGAGUUCACCGGUAUGCCAGAGCAAUGGGCUCGACUACUCCAGACCUCAAACAUCACCAAGUCCGAGCAGAAGAAAAACCCACAGGCUGUACUUGACGUUCUAAAGUUCUAUGACUCCACGGGCAACGGUCGUCAGAAGUACCUCAGCUUCUCAUCCUCUGAAAAAGACGCAUUCACUCCGGGGCCUCAGUCUCCCGUCAGAAAAGGCACUGAACCCUCAUCUCCGAACAUCAAAGACAUCGAUGACGACGACGACGAUGAAACUCCUCCUCCUGUUGUGGCACCACGACCAGAACACACCAAGAGUAUGUAUACUCGCUCUGUCAUUGACCCCAUCCCCGCUCCAAGCACGUGUCCAGACGGAGAUGCUGCCUCCAAGGCUACAGACAAACAGAAAAAGAAGGGCAAGAUGUCUGACGAGGAGAUAAUGGACAAACUGAGAACCAUUGUCAGCAUUGGAGAUCCCAAGAAGAAGUACACCAGAUAUGAAAAAAUUGGGCAGGGGGCAUCAGGAACAGUCUUCACAGCCAUAGAUGUUGCCACAGGACAGGAGGUCGCCAUUAAACAGAUAAACCUACAGAAGCAGCCGAAGAAGGAGCUGAUCAUCAAUGAGAUUCUAGUGAUGAAGGAGUUGAAGAACCCCAACAUUGUUAACUUUUUAGACAGUUUCCUGAUGGGGGAGGAGCUGUUUGUGGUGAUGGAGUAUCUGGCUGGCGGCUCGCUGACAGAUGUGGUGACGGAGACCUGUAUGGAUGAGGCCCAGAUAGCAGCUGUCUGCCGAGAGUGUUUACAAGCUUUGGAAUUCCUACAUGCGAAUCAAGUCAUCCACAGAGACAUCAAAAGCGACAAUGUGUUACUCGGGAUGGAUGGGUCCGUCAAGUUAACCGAUUUUGGCUUCUGUGCCCAGAUCACUCCAGAGCAGAGCAAGCGCAGCACCAUGGUUGGCACACCUUACUGGAUGGCUCCUGAGGUGGUGACCAGGAAGGCGUAUGGGCCUAAAGUAGACAUUUGGUCGCUGGGCAUUAUGGCCAUUGAGAUGGUUGAAGGCGAGCCUCCCUAUCUGAAUGAGAACCCACUACGAGCGUUGUACCUGAUUGCCACGAACGGCACACCCGAGCUUCAGAAUCCUGAGAAGCUGUCUCCAGUUUUCCGAGAUUUCCUCAACCGUUGCUUGGAAAUGGAUGUAGAGAAAAGAGGCGGAGGCAAAGAGCUGCUGCAGCACCCGUUCCUGAAGCUGGCGAAGCCGCUCUCCAGCCUCACACCUCUCAUCCUGGCAGCCAAGGAGGCCAUGAAGGGCAAUCGUUAGCUGAUGAAACUAGCUCCUCUGCCUUCCCAUGCUGUGCACAGAUAUGUGCCAACCGUUUUAGAUUUCGUGCCAGACAAUAGGCGGAGAGUGACUCGCCACUCUUGAUGCACCAGCCUUAUAAGCCCUGACGAACCUCACUGUGAAGAAGACCAAAAAUCUAGAGCACAACCCCACCGCUGUCCAUAUGAACUCUAUUCUCACUCAGAUGUCAGAAGACAAGUCACACUUAAGUGCUUAGUGUCAGAGUCAGUCGUAGUUGUUUUUUACAACAAGUGACAAGUCAGGGCUUGGCUUGUAUUUAACUUGGAAUGAAGAAGAUGCCUAGUUCUGUUUAGUUUUUUAAUCAACUGCCUUAAACAAAUGUAAAAUGUUGCCUAAUGUAUUGUUGAUUGUGUCCGUGUCUCUUCCCAUGAUUUUUACUACCUUUGUAAUUUAACCUUUCAGCUCGUCAGUGUCUUAGUUAUUUUGAUACUUGAAUUUCAUGUGUCCCCUUCCUUGUUAUGUAAUGGGUCUCAUUCAAAGAGCACUCGCGUUUUCCACAUCGACCCGUGUUUUAUGGACAUCUUCUCUCACCAAUUUUAUAGGAAACAUUUCAUUACAUUCGUCAUGGACGUGCUGUGUUUGUGUCGUUCUCCGGUUGACAGACCUACUGUACCAGCUCCUCCCCUGUAUCAUUAGAAUCCUGAUAUCAGAAGUGCACCUUACAGGCAAAUCAAAUUGUUAGAUUGACAGGGUUUAUACUUUAUUCUCUAUUGUUGUUAUUAAAAAUGAGUAUUGUAUGUUGAA